AUGGGUACUGUGGAGGCUGUUGAGUCGGAAAUCGCCAGGGUGAAUGCAGCCAUUGAAGCUCUUGAGCCUAAGAUCGAGAAAGCAGAGGGAAAGGCCGAGGCUGCAGAGAACGCUGGCAAUACGGAGGCUGUGCAACGGUGGUUCACAGAGCUACAGCAGCUGCGCAAGAAAGAGGAGCAGCUGCGCAAGAAAGAGGAGCAGCUGCGGGAGGAGAAGGCCCGGCUGCAAUUUGCAG